GACACUGCACGACACGACACGACACAACACGACACGGAAUCGUUGAAGUAAGAGUUGGCACCGAGAGAGAGUUUAGUUUCUCAGCAUCGUCGAAACGAUUAAGCCUUGAUCGAGAAACUCCGAGGACGAGUCGACGCGACGCGAACCACCGCGACGUCGACUACGAUCACCAGCAGAACUACCACAAUCAAAACAACCACCACAAUCAAAACAACCACAAUUAUUAUAAUCAUCACCACCAUAAUAUUAAUAGUAAUAAUCAUCAAAACAAUCAUCAUCAUCAUCAUCAUCAUCAUCUAUACGAAGAAGACAAUAUCAGCAUUAAUUAUUACGGACAGAGGAGAAAAUUAGACAUUAAAAGCAACGUAAAAAGGAUUUUUCCUGCUGCCACUGUUGUUGCUGCUAUUUCCGUUGCCGUAGCGCAUACCGUUCGUUUUGAUUUUGGUGUUGGUGUUUUGGUGGUGUUACUGAUACUGUUAAUAUUACUGUUAAUAUUGUAUUCGCCGUCUUCUUCGUCAUUUUCGUCGUUGUCUUCGUUAGAAGAAGUGGUGUCUGUUGGUCUCGCAUAAAUUAUUAAUAUGGACGAGGAAGAAAUCGACGGUGUCAAGUCGCCCAUUAAAAGACUCGGAUCUACAAGGAAAUUACUCGUAUUUAACAAUAUACGAUUGCAAUUAAACGAACAAUUGAGAUGUCUCGACGUAAGGAUGGAGGCACAAGUUGCCCUUGUUGCCGAAUUGCAAGAUUUCUUUCGCAGAAGGGCAGAAUUAGAAUUAGAUUACAGCAAAUCACUUGACAAAAUGGCUAGGAGUAUACAAUUGAGGCAUAAGGAGCAAAAACAAAAACGUGAACAGUGGCCCCUUUUCUCCAGCUACGCUUGCUGGCAACAGCUUGUAAAUGAGACCAAAUCUUUAAGUAGAGAUCAUGCUGCCCUUUCCGAAGUAUAUAGCACACAUCUUGUCGGUAGGCUCAAUCAAGUUAUGGAAGAUGUUCAAAGGAUAUACAAAAGAUGUCGUGAGAUUGGUUAUGAAACACACGAAGAAAUACUACGAGUUCUUCACGAAUUGCAUACAACGAUGAAAACUUAUCAAGCUUACCAAGCCGAGUCAAGACAAGCGGAAACAAAGUUACGCGUAGCCGAACAACAGCGUAGUAAGUUGGAAGUUGCCAAUGCCCCACCGGAAAAAUUAGCUAGGAGCAAAAAGUAUAAGCUCAUCGAGAAAGAGGUGAACAAGAGAAAGAUCAAGUAUCAAGAAGCCAAAUUGAAAGCUUUGAAGGCAAGAAACGAAUAUAUAUUAUGCUUGGAAGCUUCAAAUACAACGAUUACCAAAUAUUUCGUUGAUGAUCUGUCGGAUCUCAUAGAUUGUAUGGACUUUGGCUUCCACAAUUGCAUCGCUCGUGCAUUGUUAAUGCAUUGCAGUGCGGAAGAGGGUAGGCAACGUUCGUUACAAACCGGUGCAGAACAAUUGGCUGCAUGCGUGGGCGCAUUGGAUUCGAGAGCAGACAAGCAAAGGUUCUUGGAAUCUCACAAUACUGCUUUUAUGAUUCCUAAAAAGUUUGAAUUUCAAGGCCAACGUGGAGACGAGACUCCAGAACCAGAAUUACAAAAGGUGCUACACUUGGAAAUGGAACAGCGAUUAACUCAAUUGCAACAAAGGGUUACCUCUCUUAGAACAGAGUCUGAGGAAGUAUGGAAGACUUUAGAAACGGCUGAGGCGAGUCUCCUUGAAAUGUUAACCGCCAAAGAUUACGACUGUUCAAGAUAUUUCGGUGAAAAUGCAGUACCUACGUCUAGACCACCGGAAACUUUACAAAUUAAAUUGAGAGCAGAUAGACAAGAGACUGAAGAAUUUUAUCUUACCAAAUUCAGAGAGUACCUUCUCGGAACAUCGAGAAUAGCCAGAUUGGAUUCAAAACAGGAAUAUAUACGUCACAGUCUAUUGGACGGUUCUACGGCCAGUCCUAAUCCAUCCAUAUCUACUACCAAACAAAAACAAGCACGUAGAAAACGUAUUGGACGUUUACAGAUGAACGGCCAACCUAAAUUAUUCGGUGGUUCAUUGGAGGAAUAUUUGGAAAGCACGAAUCAAGAAAUACCAUUGAUCAUGAAGAGUUGUAUAAGGGUUAUCAACCUUUACGGUUUACAUCAUCAAGGAAUAUUUCGUGUAUCCGGUUCUCAGGUGGAAAUAAAUAACUUCAGGGAAUGGUUUGAAAGAGGGGAAGAUCCUUUGGCCGAUGUAACAGAUGCUUCAGAUAUUAAUAGCGUUGCUGGUGUAUUGAAACUUUAUUUAAGAGAAUUAAGAGAACCCUUGUUUCCUAUAAUAUAUUUCGAACAUCUCAUGGAAUUGGCACAAUUGGAAUCCAAACAAGAAUUUGUUAACAAGAUGAAGGAAUUAAUAGCCAGUUUACCAAGACCUGUGGUUAUAGUAAUGCGUUAUCUUUUUGCAUUCCUCAAUCAUCUUUCAGAAUUCUCGGAUGAAAAUAUGAUGGAUCCUUAUAACUUAGCUAUCUGUUUUGGUCCAACAUUGGUACCGGUCCCCGAGGACAAGGAUCAAGUUCAAUAUCAAAAUCAGGUUAACGAACUGAUCAAAAAUAUUAUUACAUUCUGCGAGGAAAUAUUUCCAGAAGACAUUGGUGGUACCCAAUACGAAAAAUAUAUCAGCAGAGAACCGGACGACGUAGAUGUUGGUGAUUCACCGACGGAUCAAGUUCAAGAAGAUAUGGAUUCCGAAGUAUAUCCAUCGGAAGAUGAAUCAGAAAAUUUGGAAGCUACUGCACAAUUUGACUUCAAUGCAAGAUCUGAGAGAGAACUCAGCUUUAAAAAGGGCGAUACUUUAACAUUAUUUACACAAGUCAGCAAUGACUGGUGGCGAGGUUCAUUAGCCGGCAGGGAAGGAUUAAUACCGGACAAAUAUAUCAUGUUGAAAAUAAAAGAUGAAGAACGAGAGAAAGAAUUAUUGAAAUCGUCCAGUGAAGAAUCAAUGAGACGAAGAGCUUCCAGUUCGGCAGACAGCGUUCUACCAAACAACAAUUCACCGUUGAUGAUGAGUUCAACUGGUACGUCGAACGCAUGGUCUUCGACUCCAGUAUCAGAUAUUUCUCUUACAACGAAUACGAUGUCAGGGGAAAAUAAUAGUACUAGCAGUGGUGGUAUCGUACCGGCAACUGUUGUUACACACGUGCCCUGCAUCUCUUCUGCUCAACCAAUCAUCAGUCGAGAGGAAUCCCUAACGUCAGGAAAGAUGACCAAGGUAUCGACUCCUGAAAAUGAGAACAUUUCAGAGAAUCUUCUUCUGGGAUCUAACUCGAUUGACUUGUCAACUAUUGGACAAGAACGAAUAGAAGAAACCGAAGAUGACGGAGGAACAAUUGGAGUACAAUGUAACGAAAGUGGAAUGAAAAGUCGAGGUGCUGGUAGAAAACAGCAUCAUUGGAAAUCGCAAAGCGUUGGAGAAACAACAGUGACGUCGGGGACAACUGGUUCAGAUAUUCAUAAUCAAUGUAAUUCACAAAAUUCGUCAAACAACAACAACGGUUGUACGUUUCCUGGUGGGGGUGGGGGUGUACAAUCAGGGGAUGACGAUAUGCAACAAGAACAAACAACAUUUUCGGCUAAUCGAGAACUCUGGCAAAGAAGAGCAACAUCGCAAACCCAAUUGAAUCCUCCAAUAUUACCAGGUAACAAUACGACAACGACAACCUCAUCCAAAUCUUAUCGAAGUUCUCAAGAAUUUCGAGAAAUGCGACAAAAACAGACGCCAGAUCUCGUUAUGGAUUUACCAUUGUCGGCUCAAGAUGCAAGUAAAAAGUCAGCGUCGUCUAAUAGUCUAAGUAGUUCCGACGAUGAGACUACCAUUGUUUUACCUAACAGAACAACAGAGGCAGCUACUUCGCCAACAGGUGGACCAGAAUCACCCGACAUGAGUACUGCCGCUGAACGUUUUGCUAAACAAAAUCAAUGUACCUUGAAAAAGAAUACUAAAACUAAUCCGGAAGGUUCCAAAUUGAAACGUCUUGAAACAACGGAUCAUCUGGACUCGGCUGAUAUAGAAGGAACUGAAGAAAUCGUAAGAUCAGCGAGUACCAAUCAGAUAUCUGAUUCUUUAACACUUCGUUCACCUUUACCACCUAGAUCAACGCCAAAAAUAGUCGCCAAAUUUGCGGAUAUGCAUUUGACGGGUGGUAGCCAGGUAUCUUCGUUUAAACCUCAGGUCAAAAUCAAGCCAACGAUCCUACGAAAGCCAGUUUUACCUUUUCCGCAUCCUCACAUGAGUCCAGAACUCGCGAGGAAGAUUGAAAAACAAGCUCAGAGUGCCGAACAAGCUAAUUGAAGAUAUACGCAAGUAAUAAUAAUAAUAAUAUGAUAUAUGAUACGAUAUAAUAUAUAAUAUAUGAUAUAAU